AUGGCACAAACAUUGUUAUCUUUAUUAACUAUUUGUAUAGCUGUUGUAACAGCUUAUGGUACACAGCAAACUGCAAAUCCAGACGAAAUUACCUCCCUUCCCGGACUGAAGGCACAACCGAAGUUCAAACAGUAUUCUGGUUACCUCAAUGUUGACAAUGAUGGUGUGACUUUGUAUAACAACGAAUACAGCUGGAACAAAGCUGCUAAUGUUAUUUUCCUCGAGGCUCCUGCUGGUGUGGGAUUUUCAUAUUCUGAUGACAAAAACUAUACAACAGAUGAUGACCAGACGGCCACUGACAAUUAUGCAGCCCUUCAACACUUUUUUGUCAAAUAUCCUGCAUUUGUCAACAAUUCAUUUUACAUCACUGGAGAAAGUUAUGGGGGUAUAUAUGUCCCAACUUUAUCCAUGAAAGUUAUGAAAGGUGCUGCUAACAUUAACAUGAAGGGUUUUGCAGUUGGAAAUGGUUUAUCAAGUCGUGAGCUAAACGACAACUCGUUGGUCUACUUUGCUUACUACUAUGGUGUAUUCGGAGAUGAUCUUUGGACCAAUCUGAAUGACUACUGUUGUAACCAAGGAGUGUGUAAUUUCCACAAUAACACUGAUGCUAACUGUCAACUUGCUUUGCAUCAAGUCAACCAUUUUGUAUUUGAUGCUGGAUUGAAUGAAUAUGCUUUAUACAUGGACUGUGCCGGUGGAAUACCUCCACAUUACUACAGAUAUAGAAAUGAUAUGAAGAAUGUCUUCAGUUUCUAUCAUUUUGAACUUCCGAAAUGGAAACCACAUAAAGUCAAUAGCAAUGACUCCUCAAAGAAUACUCUAGGUGGUGUCCCUCCAUGUCUCAAUGUUACAGCCAUUACCAACUUCUUAAAUCAAGAAAAUGUGAGGAAAGCAUUGCAUAUACCAUCAAAUUUGCCAACAUGGGCAAUGUGCAAUGAUAACAUACCAUACACGUCAACAUACGAUACAAUGUAUGAUCAAUACAAGGCGUUAUUACAGAAGUAUAAAGGAUUGGUGUAUAAUGGUGAUACCGAUAUGGCGUGUAAUUUCCUUGGUGAUCAGUGGUUUGUGGAAUCAUUAAACCUCAAAGAAACUCAAAAAAGACAAGCUUGGAUUUACAAGAAACAAGUUGCUGGAUUCUACCACAGAUACGAAAAUAUCACAUUUGCUACAGUCAAAGGAUCCGGUCAUAUGGUUCCUCAGUGGAAACCUGGUCCUGCAUAUCAAAUGAUCACUAAUUUCCUUGCAGGAAUAUUUUGAUUUUCUCAACUUUUAAAUAAAUUCUCUAAACUGGCUGCUGAUAACAGUGACCAUUCAACACUGCAUUUGCAGUAUUGUAAAUCAUCUAUUUGAAUAUAAUGCGCAGACCUCUAAUAGCUCAAAUAUAAUUUUAACAGACUCACUGUUUUGGUGUAAGUCUGUGCAUAUUAAUGAUCUGGUAUACAUAAUUAGUGCAUAGUAUUUCACUUUCAACCUGUAAAGUUGUGCAUUAUUCUCCCAGUUACUAUUUAAAAGUCUGGAAGUAAACCCAAACCACAGGUUCCACCACAAUUGAGGCUUAAUGCUAUGGGGGGAAAUUACAAAGGUUGGGUACACGCCCCUCUUUUUAUUUUCCUCCCUGUUCUUUAUUUUGCAGUUUCAAUAGUAACAUAUACCAAUUUAAGCCUUUGAUUGCCAAGUCAACUUUCACAAAACUUGCAUGACUCUUUCAAAGUGAGUGGGUCGUCACCUGCGCAAGCACAGAAAUUGAGUUCUAAGCGAUGAUUAUGUGCGAUAAGAACGCAAAGACUCAUGGGUAGACGCAUGGUCACCUGAAACACGCGUAGGUGACGACUCCCCACUUUAAUAUUCAUUGUUGCCAAUAAUAUAAUGCACUGUAUCUAUGCUUCACAUAUUGGAUAUAUAUGAAAUGUACUUCUUUUUAUUCCACAAAUCCAAUUCCCCAUUUCAAACUUCAAAGUCUCAGAAAGUUAAUACAGUUCUAGUUAAAUCAAACUAGUUAUGAAAUACUAUUCUAAACUUUAAUUUAUUUUCAAUUUGAUGAGUCAAUAGCAUCUGAGUACAUUUCAAAAAAGUGACUGAAACCUCACUGCUUCAUAAUAUCACGAUUUUUUAUUUGAAAGUCGCACAACAUCUUCUCUGGAAAAUGAUAUGCAGUGUUAAACUCUACCAUAAAUAAAUGGCAAUUAUUGCAUCAAUGUAAUUUGAUUAUACUGUCCAUUUAUUGUAAAAAGAUUUUAAAAACUUUCACCUUUUUUGUCGGUCUCUUCAGUUUUUACUUUAUCAUCAUCAAAGUCAGAAAAACCUUGGUGUAAUCUGACCAAGUUACAAUACAGAGGCUUUCACACAUGUAUAGUUGUAACAUGGUAUAAUGGUUCCCAUAGGGUGUAUUACAAUGCAUGUAAAGACAUUAAUUAAAUUUAAUUCAUACUGCAUUACACGUAUGGGGUUCCAGUUGUCAAGAUGCAAUUCAGGACAGUUAUAGGUUUCGCACCACAAUUAGAUUUGAUAUCACCUGAAUGAAUGUAAUCCUACAUAUUUUGAGAAGUCUUUUUGAACUUUUUAAAAUUUUUCGUACUUGAUUCAGCUCUCUGUUUAACAGAAUUCUGCUUUUCAAGUUCAUUGUCGUCUAAGUUUAAUAGUUCUGUGAGGCUUGUACGAGUAUAAUGAAAUUGAAAAUUUGUUUAAAUGUGGGGGUUGAUGUUUUUUUCAUACUCUGAGAAAAUACUAUUUUAUUAAAAAAUAUAUUUUUCAAAUAAAUAUGAACUAUGAUGAAAAUGGAAUAAAAUGAAAUGUAUUC